GUCAUCGCCUACAAAACAAAAUCCAGUGCUACAAAGUAUGGUGAAACCCAUGUUCGCCCAGAGAAUCUUCACUCUCGGGAAAAGACAAACCUCUGCGAUACUGAUCACGGGCUUCCUCUACAUCCUAAUGACAAUCGGGAACGAGAUCAAUAACGCUGAAGAAAACCGGACAACCCCUCACCCGUUCGUUGGUGUUUGAACAAUCUUCCGAUCCCGGCCCUUCAUGUCUAUCAGGGAUGAAUGCUGGCACGUCUCAGACGGCUUCACGCGCAUCCUGCAAAUCCCAUUGGCUUUCAACUCACCCCCAUUGUUUCGUUUCAUCACCCUCUACGAUUCACAACCCCGCAGGAUCGGUCUAUCUCUGCUCUUCGAAUGUGUUCCCCAUCAGAUAAAGUUUGGCGGCAACAUUCAUGUACACUGACUUUGUACGCACGAUGGCCUUCGAACCAAAUUACCAUGCUUUUCCAAUCUGAGUGUACACGUAAAGUGGGGAAAGACUCAUGUUUUGAAAAGAAAAAUGAAAAAAUAAGGAAAAAUAACACGCGCACAGGAGAAGAAAAAGAGGCUUGCAAGGGAUGCUCGAAUUGCGCAUAUGCAGAACGCAAAACAGAACAGCCACCGAUCCUUUUUUUGACCAUAAAGCACGUCAGAAUCUAUCGUGCAUUGCUAUUCUAGAAGACAGUGCACGCGUAACGUUUCCGUGCGCCAACGGCGUCUUGCGAAGUAGAUAUGUUACGACAUGCGCAUGUGUCGUUUACCGAAGUUAACUUGGUUUUUUUUUCUCCUCGACAGCACAUCGUGGCAUGAUCGCCCAAGGCCAAGUUCCGGACAGAGUCCCAUCUAUACGGCAUGGAACAUUAUUGGGAGUCGUCCGCCUGGAUUCCCUCUUCUAGUACACUAGCUUGAAAGAAGAUGUUACAGCAAAGGCUGGGGAUUAAGAGACUUGAUGUUCUUGCCCUAAACAGGCCGCGAACCCAACGUACAGGAUCGCGAACUGCGCAAGGAUGUCCGCCUGUAGCGUUCCGGACCGGCGAACCGAACUGGACGCAGCAAAGGCACCGUGCUCUUUUCGCGUGGUGAUCAGGACUUCGGUAUCUCCACCACGAACGGUCGUGGCAGCGAGAGCUCAUAGCGAUCCGACGGAACGACUGAUGUUGGAACCCAGUUCCGGAAUGGUGCGCUAACGCUGCGACAGGGAGCAUUUUCAAGCGUGACAUCGGGGUUCGGCUCUGCACGGACGUGCGCAGUGCGAUUACCAGUGAAGCGAUGCGUUACGAGUAAGACAUGGAAACAAAAAGCAUGCAAGUCCUGACCUGGGCCCCAGUCGGUCCAUGGUGAUGAGCUCCAAUGUGGAAGUGCGCUAUUGACGAUGCGAUUAAAGGGAAGGGGAGGGGGAGACUGGCCUGCGAUAUAAGUAACUUACAACGGAUACUCAAGACUGGCCCAAUUUGUACCAUCAACGAUCUUGCACGGCUUUUCUCCAACGGCUGCGCGCCUUGCGCGCAAGGAGGUGGAGACGGCGGUGUGUGGCUGACUUGCGCUACUCCCCCCCAGCACAAGACUAGGCUGUGCGACUCACCACGUAGACCCAUAAUUACAGCAACCUCUCCUUCUCACACAGCGGAAAGGGUUGAUAAACGACUGACGACUUUGAACGUGUGGUCCGCGGCAAGACGAGCAACCGCACCGGGAAUUCCCAAGCUCGGAGUUGACGGACCUCGCACCGAAUGCUGUGAAACAAAUUGGACGAGGCUAUCUUUUGCAUGCGAUCGUAGAUUCAAACGGCGCAUGGCUGCACCCCUACUUCGUUGCGAAAGAACUGGCAAGGGAAGGCCCAGGAUGGUGAGCUUGAAAAGACUCGGAGAGGGCACUGCGUCGCCGUUGCCUGACACGUUCAUGUGCGAUUUCGUCUUUAGCUAGUCUGAUAAACAUGAAAUUCACCAACUUGGGUGAAAAGGAAAAC